GGAGUACCGCGACGUCUUCCCCCCGUAUUUCUCAUACAGUGGGAUUCCCCCGAUGCGCGGUGUCGAGCAUUCCAUCCAGCUCGUGCCUGACUAUCGUGUUCACCAUCAGGCACCAUACCGACUCUCGAUUCCAGAGGCGAUAGAACUCAAGCGUGAGCUUGAGGAGCUCCUUCAACUUGGUUUCAUUAAACCUAGUAACUCCCCUUGGGGUGCAYCUGUCCUCUUUGCUCGCAAAGCGGACGGAACUCUCCGCCUCUGCAUCGAUUAUCGCGGCCUUAACCGUUACACGGUUAAGAACAACUAUCCCAUGCCCCGCACGGAUGAGUUGUUUGACCAUCUGGCAGGCAACCGCUUCUUCACGAAGAUCGAUCUUCGUAGCGGUUACCACCAGAUCCGCGUUGCCGCAGAGGACCAACCGAAGACCGCCUUUCGGUCGCGCUUCGGCUACUACGAGUUCACGGUGAUGCCAUUCGGCCUCAUUAAUGCACCCGCCACCUUCCAGACGGCGAUGAAUGACAUCUUCAGGGACAUCCUUGAAGAAUACGUUCUCGUAUACCUGGACGACAUCCUGGUCUACAGUCGUACCUUAGAAGACCAUAUCAGACACCUCCGCGAUGUCCUACAGCGCUUAUGCAAGCAUAACUUCUAUGCCAAGCUCAGUAAGUGCCGCUUUGCCCAGCGCAAAGUGGACUUCCUAGGACACCAUGUGUCUGACCAGGGUCUCCACAUGGACGACGCGAAGAUCAUUGCUAUUGCAGAGCGGCCCGCCCCCACAUCUGCCAAGCAGCUUCGCAGCUUUCUAGGCCUCACCAGCUACUAUAGUAAUUUUAUCCCGGGAUACGCUAGGUAUUCCUACGUCCUUACCUCCACCCUCCUCCAGAAGAACCCGCCGUGGUUUUGGACACCCCUCUGUGAGGACGCCUUCCGCGCCCUCAAGAAGGCGGUGACUUGCGCGCCGGUUCUUCGCCUUCCCGAUUUUGAUCGUCCCUUUAUCGUCACCACCGAUGCGUCAGAUUUUGCAGUAGGAGCUGUCCUUUCUCAGGUGUUUCCCUCUCCUCAAGAUUCACCUUACCCCCAUGUUCCUCCUUUUCCCCCCCCUCCUGCCAACACCGCUUCUCGACUGACGUCUAUCCUACCACCACUUCCCUCCACUAACAGUCCUCCCAUUACUUACUCCCAGUCCAUCGCGAAGGAUGGGACUGUCGAGGCUCGUGCUGGGGAUUGCCGAUCGCUUUCUACUCCCGUCAGCUACUAUCUGCUGAGAUAAACUACACUGCCGAUGAACGUGAGGUUCUCGCAGUAGUUUAUGCUACCCAGCAUUGGCGUCAUUAUCUGCACGGGGCGC